AUGGAGCUGCCGGUGAUAGAUCUGGCUCUUUACCUAGAUGCCUCUGCUAAAUCCAGUUGCGAUUUGGAUCCCAAGCUGAAAAAGUUGUGUGAGGAGGUAAGUCGAUCCCUAAGUGAAACCGGAGCUCUGCUGGUGAAAGAUCCGAGAUGCUCCGCCGAAGACAACGAUCGAUUCAUCGAUAUGAUGGAGAGAUACUUCGAACGGCCGGAGGACUUCAAACGCCUCCAAGAGCGUUCUCACCUCCAUUACCAGGUUCAGUUGUUUAUUUCACUGCGUAAUUCAUGUAAUAAUGUUACGCACAUUUCUGCGUACGUAUAUGCAUAG